CCUAUGGGUGACGUCACGGAUACUACGUCCAUAGAUUUUACAGUCUGCGCAGUGAUUUAAAAUACAAAACAAGGUCUUAAAAGUAGCAUUGUGUGUUAAUUGUGUGUUAAUAUUUGCAAAGUAUAUCAAAAACACCAGCAGUGAUGUUUAUAUUUGAAGCUGCUGUGGACCAAGGAAAACUUAACGUUACGUAACUUACUGACAGGAAACAAAAAACAAGUAUUUCCACUUUCAGCCAGAAGCAGACCAACCAGACACAAUAACGCUCAUUCUGGACUAAAAUAUACAGUUCUUUAUAAGGUCAGAGGUGUCUAUUUUUCCGCCGGCAGGAUGUCUGUGACCGUGUCUCAUGGCGAGGGCACUAUGAUCAUCACUGUCUCCUCGAACCCAAAGAGCAAAUGGCCAAUGCUGUGCCAGAUUCUGGGUUCUCUGUGUUAUGGACCGGUGUGUUUUGUGCCAGAGGAUAUGAGAGAGACGCUGUCAAGCACACAGAGAGUUUUUGGGAUUGUGCAGAUAAUAUUUGCCAUCCUGAAUCUCAUGCUGGGAUGUUUUGGUCUUAUUUUCUCUUUCAAGAGUUGCGAUUUAUUCUACAGUUCGAACACUUUUGGAGGACAGUGUAACGAUGUAAGGGUGUUGUUCAUCCUUCAGUUGAUUGUGGCGAUCAGUUUCUGUGCUAUGACUGCAAAGUCUUGGUGUAAGAGGGCUACACCUGCGAAGUUGGUGGAGGACACAAAAUCAGAAACACAAAGAGUUGGAAUUUGCACACAAUCGUAUUCAUAUUUUAAGAGCUGUAAUAUGACCUUUGCAGGUACUCAGGAUCUGAAGGAUAAGCUGACUGGCACUCACAAAGCACUUGGAAUUGUGCAGAUAGUAGUCGGUGUCAUGAACAUUACAGUGGGUUUCUUCGGGUUUGGCUCUUCUUUUUUGAUUGGUGGUGUGUUCCUUGUUAUUGGAAUAAUGUGUGUUCUCGCAGUGAAGUUUCCCAGUCAAAGGCUGCUUGUAAUUCUAGUUUUUCUGAACAUAGUCAGUGCUGCGAUGGCUAUCUCGGCUGUGGUGCUGUAUUCACUAGAUCUGGCAAUGGGAAACAAUUUCAGCUGCUAUGAAAAUUAUGGGUAUUAUUCACCUAAUAAUGGCUUUAGAGGGAACAGUUUUGACAACUGUUUGUACUACAGGAAUCUUAGUAAGAUAAUCCUCGGAGGUCUGGAUAUCAUGAUGAUCAUGCUGUCGGUGCUUCAGCUCUGUGUGACCAUCAGUUUCUGUGUUCUGACUGGGAAGGUUUUGUGUAAUAAAAGCGAGGAUGGAGAGAUUUUGGAGGAUCCAGAACUUAAAAAGGGACUACUAGAAGACGCCAUUGCAACUAUUGCAUGAUAAAGCGAACACUUAAACA